AAUUAAGAAGAAAAAAUUAAUGGGGAGAGCACAAAAGAAGAAAAUCAAAGGGAACAAAACAUCGCAGUGGAUUGGAAGUGGAAUCGAUGGAAGAGAUUGCCAUUGUUUCUGAGGAAAAUACCAUAUGACCCUAGCUGUGGGUAAGAUUUAUAGGAGAUAUAGGUAUUUUGUGCGAACCGAUCCAAUCGUCCCCUCUAAGGAUUGUCCGCCACCGGAUCCCAGCCAUUACUUCCAUCUUGGUGUGGACGCUGCUUUUGAAGCUGAAGAUGACAAAGCUUACCUCUUCAAAGGCAACCAGUAUAAUUAUAUAAAUUACGAGGAGAGAACCUCCAUCACUAGUGGUACCAUAACUGAGAAAUUUUCUUGCUUGAAAGAUACCAAAUUUGAAGGUAGAAUAGAAGCAGCCUUUGCUUCCCACAAGAAAGGUGAGGCUUACCUUUAUAAAGGAGAUCUCUGCGCACUCAUCAACUUUGAUAACAACUGCCUUGUUGAAGUGGACACAAUUGGAAACAAGUGGCCCAAUUUUGGAAGCUUGGUGCCCCGCAAGAACAUGACGUGCACCUGAAGUCUUGCCUAUUUUAAGGUGUUGCAGUUGGCAGUUGAAAAUUUUUGGGAUGGGAUCCUGGUGUUUCUUAGUAGUAAGAUGUCUGCAAUUCACAGUUUGUGUCUUUCUGCAGUUUGUUUUCAAUAUUUUGUUUCUCGUCUUAGAAGUAUGAAUUCUGCACU